UUGUCCUGCCCGGACGUAUUAUCCGGAUGCGCACAUGCCCUUGACUUCCUACGAGAGGUGAUAGUAGAGAAGAAGACCCAGACAACUGGGAGGUCACUGUAAAAUCUGCAUUAACGUGUGGAUAUCUCACCAUGGGACUCAUACCAGACGAGGGGAAGUCUCUCCCUCCGCCCGGGGUCGUGAACAGGAACUCGGUGUGGCUGGCCGGAGUGGGCUGGUGCACCGCGGUGCUCCAUAAUGCCAUCAACCACAGGCCGCCGCUGAAAUCAGGUGUCCAUCGGCAGUUCCUGCUGGCAUCGAUCGGUUGGUUCCUCGGCUACCACCUCACAAAAAAAGAAAACUUCACUCACGCCAAACUUGAUCGAGAUAUGUACGAGUAUAUCAGACUGCAUCCAGAGGAAUUUGCAGCAAAGGAAAAAAAGACCUUUGCAGAGAUUGUGGAACCUUUCCAUCCUGUGCGCUAAAUGUCAGAGGCCGGCAGCAGAGAGUGGGAGAAAGAAAACUUGCAGACUAUCACCGGUCGUCUUUCUGUCAAAUCUUUCUGUCAUUUAUUGUGUGAAAUAUAGCUGUGUAAAUAAAAGUGUCCAAAAUUUAA